UUUAGUUAGAAGCUGAUUUGUGAUCUGAGAUGGCGACAGAGCAGAGCGGAUUAGAAGAUCAGGAGAUCCAACCAAACCAAGUGGCUCCUGGCUUUGUAGGAGCGAUUGAAGAACAAUACAAGAAACUCAGAGAUCACGCCGAGGCUUAUCCAUACGGUUGGGGUUCUUAUACUGUUGUCUACGGCGGUCUUUUCCUUUGGACCGCUUAUAGAUGGAGGAAGCUUAGGAGAACUGAGGAUCGAGUUCGUGGCCUUCAGACUAAACUUAGGAAACUCGUCCAAGACGAACAAGCAGCAGCAGUAACAGCUUCUAAAUCUGCUCAAUCAGUAGACAAGUCUUCUUCAGUUUCUGACAAGACAUCAUCACUGCCUUUAUUACUUACUAGUUUAUAAUCAAACAGACAUUGUCUCUGUUAAGACGUAUGACGUGAUCUGUUUUGUUACAAUGCUUUUGUUAUUUACCCGCAUAGGCAGGCUUAUUAUGAAAACUCAAAUUCAAGUACAACCAAUUCUAUAUUCAUAAGGUUUUCACUCUGCU